GUUGACUUGACAGAUAACACGAACUAACCUGAAACAGUUCCAAAAUCACUUUUGCACUUCAUUUUUUCAUCAAAAAUAUAAAGAAAAAAAUUAAAAAAACAAUAGACAUUUGAGGUACGUAAAAUGCUCGAUUAUCGAACAUUUUAUACAUUUGACCGGGCAUUUUGGUGUUGGUAGUAGAGCCAGAUGUUGCUGUUUAUCGAAGACGUAUUAAUGAUCGCGAUAAUUGAACGUUGAGGAAGAGGUAAUGAGUAUUUUCAUUGUCGAAACGGUUGAAUGAGAUAUUUUUGGAGCUGACGAUGAAGGAGGAAAUGGAAAACAGUGCGAGCAACGAAUUGUCGGCGGUGAUAGGAGCCCUCCUCGACUCCCUCGAAGACCGCUCCCCUGCCGCGCAAGCCUCAAUUCUCUCUGCCCUCCGCAGUAUCUCCCAUCACUCGCCCUCCACCCUCAUCCACGCCGCGGUCUACUUCCUGGAGCUUCACCGCAAGCUUCCCCCCGCGCACACCUCCGCCGUCCUCCGCACAAUGUCGGAAACCCUCCGCGAUUCCUCCUCCCCCCUCCCUGAGGAUCUCGCGACAUCCGUCGCUGAGCUCUCGGUCUCCCACCUGACCCAGGAGUCAGAGCAAGAGUCCUUCGAGCUCCUAGUCUCCCUCAGUCGCCUCCACUGCACCCAGUCCAUGGGAAGCCUCCUCUUCAAAUUCCAACAGGGCCUUAUCCCCUCUCCCUCCGUUGUUCGCGCAAUGGGUCUGAUCGCCUCCUGCAAUCCCUUCGGCAUGGUUCCCUUCAUCAAGCUCACCCUCUCCAUAGUCCUCCCGCUCCUCCCGCAGAUCCACGAGGACUCCCAGAAGCUCGCCUUCUGCUUUCUCCUCGGUAAAUUCGCAGAGGCCAUCAACGAUUACAUAAUGAACCUCGAUGAGGCCCCGGACCCCGCGAUCUCCAAGGACGUCUUCACCGAGGAGAUGUCCAAGUCCUUCGACAUCCUCGCGAACACUUGGAUGAAGACCUCGCGGAACAUGAAACUUUUGGAGGCAGCUGUCAGCGCCCUUUGCCCCAUUUUGACUCUCCUCCCUGAACAAGAUGGCGGACAGAUGGCUGCCAAACUCACGCCCAUGCUUCUGCAACUCUGCAAGUACCCGAAUUGUCGGCUCGCGGUCACGCGGGGUCUCGCGAUAUUACUGAAUAAUACUUUGGUGGAGAACAAAGAGGUCCUGAGACCCUUCCUCGAGCAGUUGCAGACGAUUCUGUUCGAUCUUGUGAGCGUGACGCCAUUCGAAGCGUUCAGAGAUGCCCUGCUAACUCAUUACGAGGUUCUGCAGUGCUUCAGAAGUCUCGUAGUGCUCUAUCCCGAGGAAGGCCUCGACAGAAUCCUCCAGCAUCUUAAGAACCCCUCGGGGACCUGUCGAGCUAGAUCGCUAGUCGUCCUCAGACACUUGAUCAACACUCUACCAUCAGACGAUGACGCCUCCCUUCAGAGGAUCGCGUUGAGUCUCCAGAAUUCAUUGAGCGAAGGCAAUGCCAAGCAGAUGGUCGGAGCCAUCGUAGCCUUGGCUGCUCAUCCGACUCUUCCUCUCCUUCCUUCACAAAGAGCUGCCUUCAUCAAGUACAUAGUCCUCAGGUGUGGAAUCGCUAAUGAGGAGCCACAGGCCUACGAGGAAGCUUUAUUCCUCCUCGCAACGACUGUCGAUGGGGUCGAGGCUUGGCUGUGGCCAGCACUCCUCCGAUCCCUCCUGGACCCAACGUUCAUAGCCUCGGCCAUCCCUAUUCUGAGAUCCUUGUCAGCCCUUGCUGUGAAGAUCAUCCGAGCCGACUCAGGGAAUGCCUUCAAGGAGUUCUCGGGUACGAAGAUCCUGGCGAAAUGUUUGGAGUUGUGUGGAGAAGAGAAGAAUCGACUGGCUGUUGUGAUAUUCCUACGAUCCUCGGCACCAUUACUAGGACAUCAGUUGAAGCCUGAAUGGGAUAGCCGGCUCCUGGACAUCUCGAGGCUCCUCGAGGAUGAAGAGCAGCCCCAGAACCAUCAGACCAAAUUGAUGAUUUGGGAGGAGCAGAUGGUGGAGUUUCUCGAGAAGUCUGUGGAGCUAGAAGGAAAGGACUGGGCGUCGAAAUUGUCGAAGGAGCUGGUCCUGGAGUGCUCUCCCAAAGUCGCUUUGUACCUGGCGGCAGUUACCGACGACCCGGAGCACUUUACGAUGCUCAUCCACUCAGCGAGGUCUCAUCCCUUCAUAGUUGAGUACCCGCGGUCCGUGGGAAUUGCUUCCAAACGACAUCUAGCUGUCCUCCUCUCGCUCAUGGAAGCUGCGUGUGAGGUGGAGGACUCGCGAAAGCACCCGACACGUCUCCUAGGCCUUGUUCGCGAUAACAAAGCCGCGGCUUCUGCUGAAGCUUCGAAAGCUUCUCUCCUCAGAUGUUACGCAGAGAUUGCCAAGCGAUCGGACUCGCUUGUUCUCUUCCCACAUAUCGAACGUCACAUUCUGCCGUGGGUCAUCAAACACCUGAAUGAUUCUCGAGAAACCACAACGAAGGAGGCCGGGUUGAUCGCUCUAGAGCAGAUCGGUGGGGCAGUCCAUCCGAAUCGGCUUGCCAACUCUGUAGGAUUGAAGGCGAGAGCCAGCUGUCUAGCUUCUCUUCUCAAUCUCCUGCAGUCUCAUAGCGGGUAUCGACCCUUGCAGCUAUACCCGAACCUCCUCGACGCCAUGAUCUCCCUCCUGAGAGUCCCACCAGCCCUCAACCCCGAAGAACGAUCAGUCCUUCUUGGAACUGUCCUCGAUAAGGUGAUAGGCGCCAGUUCCGAAAUCGAUCUCAUCCUUCAGGUCGAAGGGAUGCAGCGGGUCACCGACGGGUUGGGCGUCAUCUGUGGGGAGGUCAUCGGGGACUCGGCAGACGCCCUCGCGGAACUUGUUGAUGUCCUCGUUCCCUGGAUGCAGUCGAAGGCAGCUGUCGAAAGACGAACGACUUUACUUGUUCUGCGGUUCAGCUUGCGGUCGUAUCAUGACGCGUUGAAGUACACCUAUCCCGGUGGCAAGCUAGAGCCUGGACGGCUUCUCGGGAGAAUCCUGUCGUGGUCGGCUGAUGGCGAGAGAGUCCUGAGGCCCCUCGUGGUGGAUUGCGUCGCACUAGCCCUUGGUAUCAAUGCCAGACAUCGCUCCACUCUACCCGACAAUAAUCUCAAUCAGGACUUGAGCGACUCGAAAAAGAUCCUUAUUUCGGACGACGCUAAUACUCUUUAUGAAGGGGUGAAGGCACUAGCCACAGCGGCUUGUGAGCGGAUCUCAUCGGGAGAAGUUCCUAGUCUUGCAGAAGGUCUCAUCGAAGGACUGCUGUUUCGAGGGGAGAGUGUGGCUGCAGGUGUAUCUCUAAUUCAACUGUUUAAGAUCCGCGGAGCGGACAUCCCUCGGUCGGAUCUGUACCUGGUCGACAACAUCAUCACCCAGAUCAGGCAGAUGGAGAACUCCAGCUGUCGACAGACUUCCGCGGAAGCGAUCAAAGUCUUGACGAUUCAUCAUCCGGAGGAAGUCUUCGAGCAUCUGUUGCAUCAGCCGCUUCCCUUGGACCGGGGGACUGAGGAGUGCUGGAGGAAGCUUGGAGCUGAUGAGUUUGGACCCAGGACCCUGGACUUCCUGCUGAAUCGACUGGAGAACAAUCAACUCCUGGCGGAGUCCGCUGGCAGCAAGGAGGGGAAGCACUCCACGAUGGCGUCCACUGCCUCUUUCCCGUCCUUGGCGGCCGUCGUCGCCCUUCGGCAUCUCCUCCAGUCUCCAAAUGCUGAAGAGUUGAUCGAGAAACGGCUCGCGGAGGUUCUGGCAGUCUUGUUGCGAUAUCUCGCGGGAUGGCUGCAUGUGGAUGCCCCGAUAUCCGUUGUUUCGACGAAGUUCGGGUUCGUACCGAACAGGGAGGCCUGUAAGCUUGAUCCUCAUGGAGAGGUCUACUCCGUCCUCACUAACGUCUUGACCGUCGUGAAUAUUCAUGUGGCCUCCAGCCUUCUGAACGAGGUCUCCACGGCCUCCGAGAGCCAGGCGGACGAGAACCUUGUGUCCACUGUCAGAUCCGUCAUCCGAUGUCUUGGGAACAGAAACGAGGUCCUGGUGAAUGUUGCUCAGACCCUGGGGAAGAUGAUCACCAGCCAGAUUGCCGCGCAGCGAGCGGUGGCCGUGGCGUUCUAUGCGGAACUCAUCGGGAGGGUGAAUUGCGGGGAGGUCUGGAUGGACGCCAUCAUCAACACUCUUCAUGAGGCCAAGGCCGACUCUUGCGAACUGGUGCGCAAGCUGGCGACCAUUGGAUUGACUAGGAUCGCGUAUCUGGAGCCUAGACAGGUGGAUGAGUACUUCGACAACUGCACCGGGGCCCUCCUGGACGGUUUAGAGGAGCCGUCUUCUGGAGAUGGAGUCUCUGACGUCGUCCUAGAGUCCCUCAGAGGUCUCUCCCUCCUCCUCUCCCUGAAGACGGAGAAACCGGUGAGUCCUAGAGUAGUUCUAGCUUUAAAACCUUUUGUUGAGAAGGAGAAUUGGGAAAUGAGGCUGGCAGCCAUCUCCGCUCUCGGGGCCUUAGCCAAAGGAUGGAUCAAAUCUGUCAAGGGUCCUGACGAUGACGUCAGCGAUCACCUCCUGGGGUGUCUGCCCUGCCUCACCAUCAAGCUCGGGGACAACAAUUCUCUGGUGGCUAAGGCCGCCAGGGAGGCCCUCUUCGAGGCUGCCAAUCUCCUCCAGAGUGAGGGGUUGACCCAGGUUUUGAGGGGCCAUCUGGCUCCUGGCGUUCAACUUAAUGUCGAGGGGUUCCUGAAGGAUUUGGUCGCGUGUUUGGUGGGGGAACUACCUCAGAGGGCUGAGGAACUCAGGAAUGCGGUCGUGAGGGGUUACUCCAGGUCGGAGGUCCCAUCCACGAGGGCUAUGGCUGUUCUCAUCCUGGGGUUAUUUGGAAAACCCAGGGCCGAGGAUGUCCAGAGGAUGCUUCAGCUAUUGAGGGACAAGGAGGGAGAGGUCAGGGCGAAGGCUGCUGAGGCACUUGGUCUUGGAUUCACUAGUUAGAUUCUGAGGCGGUGUGAGAGGGGAAAUAUGGAAAAAAUGGAAAAAAAAUUAUCAAAUAAAAAACCUUCCGAUCGCGAGAAUGUGAUGAAAAAAAUUGAGAGUGAUAUGAAAGGGAUAAAUAAUUUUAAGAAAGCUUUGAAAACUUGAGAUGAUGAUCAGGUUUAGACGACGCCAUAUUGGCUAUCUCUUCCCUAAGGAACUUUUAAGAUGGCGACGCCCAGAUGUGAUGCCUGAGUCACACUUUCAAUAAUUUGUAAAAAUUAUUUCUUGUCGAUGGGAAGAAUUUUCAUGUGAUAAUUUUAUGGGGUUAUAACUGAAGGAGUGAGGAGAAUUUUUUGGAUGAUUCAAGUGCAUUUCAGCACAUUUUUUUACUCUCCUGCCCUCUGUCGGAGAAUGUAUUGAGGAGGAAAUGAAAGUUUUAUUCUUCUUUUGAAAUCUCAUUCGUCUUGUCCCACUACAUCAAUUUACUAUCAAUAAUCAAACAAAUGAAAAAUAUUUAGAAUAAUUUUUUCUUCCUAAAAAAGUGAAAAAUAUUGUUUAAACAAUUUACAGAUUUAUUUGACGUUAUUUGUUUCUGUUGUAUCAUCUUAUGACUAAUUUAUCUCAUAAUAAGAGCAAUUAAAAUCCAAAUAAUCAAUUUUGUUACAAUUAAUUCUCGUUUUUAGUGCAAUGAAAUUAGUAUAAAAUGACGAAUUAUUGAUUGUUACGAAUUGUAAAUAAUUUUGAAUGUUUUUUAGAAUUAUACAAAAACUGUCUAGUAUCUAAAAAUGGAAAUGGGUUGUAUUUUUCUAGAGAUGAAAGAAUAAAGACUGGAUUUUAGUAAUCAA